AAACCGAUGUGCAAAUUUAUGGAAAACCGUAUAGCCAUUUCAUCCUAGGUGUGUGGAGAUCUGACGUAAGAGGUUCCAUUAAGUUGAAGAAAACUAUAGCGAAGAUGGCAAACUUGAAUGCGUACUUUGUGGACAGAGUUGAUAAUAAUAUACCAAAUGAAAUCCUGAUGAAGUACGAAUGGAACAGAUUUCAAUCUUACAGCACAUUCCCAAUCCAGUCGGCCCAGUCUGCGAUAAGACUUGCUCGAGUCGGACUUUACUAUUUUGGGGAAGGUGAAUAUGUGAAAUGUUUCUAUUGUGGGUACACGCAAGAUACAUGGCCUGCCGAUGAAUCUAUCGAAAAUAACCAUGUACGUAUGUCACCACAGUGUGCUUUUGCAAGAGGGGAAGAUGAGUCGAAUGUCCCGAUUCCUUACCAAUCAACUGAAGUCGCACAAGUGAAUGAAGUAACCGAAAAUGCGUCAAAUAACACAAUUUCAGACGACACCAUAAAUUCGACAGAACAUCCAAAUUAUGCUGGCAUUGCCGCUAGAAAAUUUUCAUUUGCCAGCUGGCCGGGUCGCAAUCAAGAUUUUACAGACAGACUAGCAAACGCAGGAUUCUUUUACACAGUUAGAUUAUGGCUAUACAAGAUAUAAAACAAAGGUCAACGUCAACCGCUACUGGUUGAGGACCACCAAAUCCGGACGACCACCAAACCGGACAGUUUCGUAGCUGCUAAAUUUUGCUGUAUUUUUAGCAAUCUUUUAUAAGUCAAACACACAUUUGAUUUUUUAACAAUGAUGUGGAAUUAUAUCUGACAAAAAUAACUUCUUGAGGAGGAAAUUUCAUUUUUUGAUUUCGUCAUCCAUACUGAAGCAUGAAACAUCAUGGGGGGAUUUGGAAAUCCGCACUGCAUUUCUUACUGUCAUAUAGAAGUUUUCCACACAAAAAAAUCUGAAUAAAAUUUAUAUCUUUCAGGCCAAUAA